GAGAGAAAGAGAGAGAGAGGGAGGGAGAGAAAUAGUACUGCACAGAGAGUGUGAGCAGUAAAGAGAGAGACGAGUCUCAUUGAUACAGUUGUUCUCUGGCAGUCAUUUCGACUCCAUCAUCAUCAUCUUCUUCUUCUUCUACUUCUUCAUCCAUCACCAUCGUCACCCAUGUCGGUUCUUCCUCUGCGAGUGAAGAUGUUGCGGCAGGUCUGGAGGUUGAAGGGUGUCGUAAUUCUCUUCUGCAGCCCGUUCCUCCUGCUGCCGCUUGCCGUCAGCACCACGGAGGCGGCCUGUGCUUAUGUCAUAGCCCUCAUGGCGGUGUACUGGUGCACUGAGGUGUUGCCGCUGGCAGUGACAGCGUUGCUGCCGACCAUCCUGUUCCCCGUCCUCGGCAUUAUGGAGUCCAGAGACGUGUGCAUGCAGUAUCUGAAGGACACCAACAUGCUCUUUGUCGGGGGAUUGAUGGUGGCUGUUGCCGUGGAACACUGGAACUUACACAAACGUAUUGCGCUCAAAGUGCUGCUGGUGGUCGGGGUCCGACCCGCUCUAUUGAUGCUGGGGUUCAUGGGUGUGACAGCCUUUUUGUCCAUGUGGAUCAGCAACACGGCCACCACUGCCAUGAUGGUCCCUAUCGUCCAGGCCAUCCUGGACCAGCUCAACUGCAACGCAGACUCUGAACCCUCCCCCAUGAACCGGAGAAAGAGUGUCAUUCUACACCAGGAACAUGAGGAGAAAACUAUCACCAUCUUGCAAAGUGCUCCUCCAAUAAUCGUGGAGAACGGUCUGAAUGGGGUAAUGUUACCACUAGGCAACAUGUCCCCUGAGCAGAAAGUGUUCACAGACGGUCAGAUGGAUGGACAGGAAAUUUUUAAACCUACACUACAGGACAAACCUCCAUCAGACUGCACCAACAGUGGGCCUGUGGUCGUGUCCGUGGAGAACGCCUGCUAUCAGAUGGAGUUGGAAGAGCUGAACAACGAGGAGGAGGAGAGGAGGAGGAUGAGCAAAGGAUUCCUGCUGUGUGUGUGCUACGCUGCCAGCAUUGGAGGCAUCGCUACUCUGACCGGAACCGGACCCAACCUGGUUUUGAUUGGACAGAUGAGCCAACUCUUCCCUCAGAAUGGUGAUGUGAUCAACUUUGCAUCCUGGUUUGCCUUCGCCUUCCCCACCAUGGUGCUGAUGCUGACAAUGGCCUGGUUCUGGCUGCAGUUCCUCUACAUCGGCUGCAACCUGCGGAGGACGUGGGGUUGCGGUGCAGUCCAGUCUGAGAAGGAGCGAGCAGCAUACGAAGUGAUCAGGGAUGAGCAUCGGCGUUUGGGGCCGAUAAGUUACGCAGAGGGCAGCGUCCUGGCGCUCUUCAUCCUCAUGGUGGUGCUCUGGUUCACACGAGACCCACGCUUCAUGGACGGUUGGGCCACCAACAUCUUCAACACUAAGGCUGAGUUUGUCACUGAUGCGACCGUCUCUCUGUUUGUUUCAGUUUUGUUGUUUGUUCUUCCCUCUGAGCCGCCACACUUCCUCUGCUUCUGGAGGAGCUGUGACACAGAGUCUCAGGUGUCACAAGGCCCCGCCCCUCCUCUACUCACCUGGCAGGUGACUCAGAGGAAGAUGCCCUGGAACAUCGUCCUGCUGCUGGGAGGAGGCUUUGCUCUGGCCAAAGGCAGUGAGGAGUCCGGUCUGUCACGUUGGCUUGGCGCUCAGAUGACGCCCCUCCACUCCAUCCCUCCCUGGGCCAUCGCCAUCAUCCUCUGCCUCCUUAUCGCCACAUUCACAGAGUGUGCCAGCAACGUCGCCACGGCAACACUCUUCCUGCCUAUCCUGGCCUCCAUGUCCCAGUCUAUAAGCUUGAACCCUCUGUACGUCAUGAUCCCCUGCACCCUCAGUGCCUCCUUCGCCUUCAUGCUGCCAGUGGCCACACCCCCCAACGCCAUCGUCUUCUCCUCUGGUUUCCUCAAAGUGUCUGACAUGGCUAAAGCAGGCGUUGUGAUGAACAUCAUCGGGAUCGGCUGCAUCAGUCUGGCCAUCAACAGUUGGGGUCGUGUCAUGUUCGACCUGGACUCUUUCCCUUCAUGGGCCAACACCACAGUACCUGUAUAGGAGCAACAACCAGCUGCCUCAUCUUUGUUUUGUCAAUAUUUUUAGGUUUUAUCACUCAAUUCUGGGUUAAAUUUCCCAGCAGGGAAUUUUUUAUUCACACUGCAGCUUCUGACCGCUGGUUCUGAGCCACCAGAAAUAUCGUCCUGAUGUUUGGACCUCCUCACUUCUGAUGUAGAGCGUGUUUCCCAAUGGUUGUCAGACUCUGUCUGUAAGCUCCACUGAAGGACUUAUCAGUGACUAUGUUUACAUGCACACAAAACUUCCAUGAUUAUUCCGAAAAUGACAAUAGUUUGAUACGGGUAAUGUAAACAAUAUAUCCCAUUUAGCUUUGGGACUUGUAUCAAAGUGCAUUCUGAAUAUGCUUCUCCGACACACGUCAGCUCUGUACGUUAUAAACAGUAGAGAUGCAUGCACAAGAAUAAAUCCCACAUUUUUGGUCAGAAGGACAAAACAGACAGACAUUUAAACAUCAUAAAAAUCUUAGAUAUCAACAGGUUUUGAUAUGCACAAAUAAUGCAACGCCACGAGUACAUGUAAACAGGAACAUGAAUUUAUAUUAGCCAACAGCUUACUAGAUAUAUUGUCAUUUUCAGAAUAAGGGAAGAAAUGUAUAUGUAUAUAUAUUUUGUGCAUCUAAAUGUAGUAAGUAUCAGACAUUGAUAAAAACCUUGGCUUAAAACUCCAGAUCUACAGACUAGUCAUACUGUCUUGAUAGUCAUAUAAUAUUACCAUAAUGGCCAAGUCUCUAAUAAUAUCCAUAACCAUUGUGAUCUAGGCCAAAACAUUUAUGCUAAAAUGUCAGUAUAAUGUCAAUAAUGAAUUGGAAAUAAUAACAUAGACGCCACUGUAUAAAUGGGAUGACGACAGGUUUGAUGCGACUCUAUUGUUGUACUAGUGUUGUAUGGUCACUGUCAUGUGAAAAUGGAAAUUAUACUGAAUUUAUGAAGAGAACAGGUAAACAAAUUAUAACAAGAGCAGAUCAGAAAACAGGUUAAAACAAGGUCUCUCCCUAAUACAGGCCUAAUUCAAAUAAACACUUUGUUCUUUACCACAAACAUGUAGUAAUUAAAAUGUAUAUAAUACUCAGUGCAGUGCAACCGAUGAAACAGAUGUUAUUUUUCUUUAGUGGUGAAUUUAUCUACACACGUUAUCUGGGAAACUGACUAAAUGUUCUGUAAACAGGCUUUACUGAUCAGAGAAUUUUUCUUUCCUGAUAAGACACAAGAAGAACACAAACACAACUCUUAUCCCUGUGAAUUGGAAUUAUUUUAAGUCUAUAGAUAGUAUAAAGUAUAGUGUAUGUUUUGUAUUUUUGUCUAUUUAAACAAGUUUUUAUUUAGUAACAUGUAAGUAAGUGUAUGAAUGUGUACUGUACAUACGUAACCUCUAGAGUUUUGUACAAGCUUGUAACUAACAGUUAUUUGAUGUUAAUAAA